AUGUCGUGGGAGGGCUUCAAAAAGGCCGUGUCCAGAGCCGGAGCAUCGGUAAGUACGGCAGACUAUGACAUGGAGGAGAGACGGUUCAAGACAUUAGAAAAAGCCGGAACCCAGCUGGCGAAGGAGACCAAGGGCUAUCUUGACGCAUUAAGAGCCGUGACGGCAUCUCAGGUUGCCAUGGCCGAAAUCAUCAACAACUUGUACGAGGACGCUAGAGCGCUAGGGGGACCAAACGUCGGUGGGUACUAUUUGAGCGCUGUUCAGGAGUACGACCAGGAGACUGUGAAACAGCUAGACGGGCCUUUCAGAGAGACGGUUUUAGAUCCUAUCAACAAGUUUGCCACGUACUUUUCUGAAGUCAACGAAGCAAUCAAAAAGAGAGCGCACAAGAAGGUCGAUUACGAGCAGGCAAAGAGCAAAGUCAGAAGACUCAUUGAUAAGCCUGCCAAGGACGCCUCUAAAUUGCCAAGAGCAGAGAGAGAAUUGCAAAUGGCCAAAGACGUGUUUGACGACCUGAACAACCAACUUAAGGAGGAAUUGCCACAGCUGGUGGGUCUGAGAGUUCCAUACUACGACCCUUCGUUUGAAGCCUUGGUGAAGAUCCAGCUCAGGUUCUGCACGGAAGGGUACGCCAGACUGGCACAGAUACAACAAUAUCUUGACCAGAGCAGCAGAGACGAAUAUGCCAAUGGUCUGUUGGAUGCCAAGAUUGAUCAAUUGCUAGCAGAGAUGAACAAGCUGAACAUUUGCGCUCUCGGUGUGAAAUAA